CGGAGGGAGAUAGGACGUGGGGCAUCUAAAGGGCGAAGGAUGGGCGCGGAUCUGCGCUGCUCCCAUUCCAGGCAUCUGCUUAAAUGAGCGCAACGAUUACAAGUCCCGGCCGGAGGCGGAGUCCGGGGCUGGAGCGCAUCUCCAACUUUCUUAGGCGAAGCCGCGAGACCUUUGGGUCUGGUUUACCGAGCUUCACGUUAACGUACACUUACUUUCCCUUUGGUAAGAGGAGCCUGCCGCGUCUCCCUUCGAGGCUGGGCUGCAGGCGUCCUCGCUCUCCUUUGGCCUGCGCUGGACUCAAACUAGGCGCAAGACGGGCAUCUGAUCAUUUUCGGGGCUCGGACCCUCCUGACACCAGCCUGGGCCUACUUGGGUCUAGGAGAGAGAGCUGCAGAGGAGGAGGGGGAACGCGGUGAGGCUAGAAGAGUGCGCGGCUGGGCCUUCGGGGCCGUCCAGGGGCGCAGAGAUCCAGAGCCCUCAGCGUGGGAGGCGGGCGAUGGCUACGCAGGACUUCACUGCCCAGCCGGCGCCCCCGCAGGCUUCCCCUACAGAGGUGGCUCCCGGCCGAGGCUCAGGCCAGCUAGCUGGGGGGCCAAGGCCCGACCCCCUGCAGAAGCCCCCCUACUCCUACGUGGCGCUGAUCGCCAUGGCCAUCCGGGAGAGCCCCGAGCAGCGGCUGCCCCUGAGCGGGAUUUACCGGUACAUCGUGGCUCGCUUCCCCUACUAUGAGCGCAACCAGAAGGGCUGGCAGAACAGCGUCCGGCACAACCUCAGUCUCAACGAGUGCUUCGUGAAGGUGCCCCGAGACGGCUGCCCUGGCGCCUCCUCAGAGCGGAAAGGCAACCUGUGGGCCCUGGACCCGGCUUUCCGGGACAUGUUCGACCAGGGUGACUACCGCCGCCGGCGCCGGCGCCCCCGGCCCCGCCUCCGCGCCCCUCGGCCCGGGCCACCCCCGACGGGGCGGUCUCCAGCGCCGUUGCCCCCAGCCUUCCCGAAGCUGUCCUGCUGCCCGCUACCGCCGCCGCAGAUUCCGCUCUAUCUGCUGCGCGAUCCCUGGGCGCCAGGCCAGCCACAGCCAGGCUGUGCCCCGUCUGUCGGGGGCCCGACCGGGAACUCCAGGGCCUUCUCACACAGUCCCGGGCCCUGCCAGCCUAGGAGUCCUGGACAUCCCGGAAGCGGCUACCGAGCCCCAGCCGCGGCCCCAACUGCCAGACUGCCUCACUACUGGGGAGGAGCGGGAGCUGUCCAGCACCUGUGGAGCUCGCAAGCCCGACGGCUGACUGCGGAAGCUCUCCCGGGAUUCCCUCCCCAGCUCUCCUCCGCGCCCACCGCCCAGUUAGAUUUCUGACGUCAUAGGGUUUCCCUCCCCAGAGAGCCCCCUGUGGUGCACCCCACUGGAAUUCCAGCUUUUUCCCAGCCCUCCUAGAAGAGCCCGAUUUCCAGGGAGGUGUCCGGAGCCAUCCUGUCUCUGGAGGGCUCCCGGGAAGUUCCCGGGGACUUCUUACUCGC